GGAGCAACCACUCACUGCCACUUCGACAUCAACAUCCAACGCUCCUCUGUGUCGACCCUAAUCUACUUCUUCUCCGUCGUCGCAUACCUGAGAUCUGCUCAUUGAAGGCGACUUGUCUAAACUAACCAUUCUUCCUCUUCACGUCUCUCUUUAGAUUCUUUAAUCCUUCCAAGUUUUUCCCUUCUCUCCGCUUUCCGCCUUCGACCAGGACACAGGAGAACCCCCGCAACCUUUCCUUGCGAUCAAUUACGAACCACGCGCAUCCUUUCGUGCGGGAAUUGACACAGGACUCUUCUCUAAUCAAGGGUGGUAUUCAAAAUGGCGGAACCAGAAGCUUUCGAAGAUGAUCUCUUCGCCGAUCUGUACGUAUUCCGCAGUCGCACGGUGACUUCCUCAGCUUCAUCUUCUACCGCAAUUCCAUCUCAAAAUCAACGGAAAUAUUCAAAUUAUUCGAUCAUCACCCACAAUCGCACUGCUGACUCUUCCCCGCAGGUAUACCGAAGAUACCGCAGCAAAACCAGAGCCCGUCGAAGUCAAGCCAGAGCCACCGGCCCCUGUUGAGGUAAAGGCAGAGGAGCCAGCUAAACAUGAGGAACACAAUGGCGAAAUGGACACCCAGAACUAUGGCAACGAUGAGGAAAUGGAGGAGGAUGAGAUAGAUUUCAAUCUUGGUAAUGGAAAUAGUUAUGACUCGUCAGCCAACAACCACGAAGCACAUGGCCCCGGAAUCAAGGAAGAUGGGUAAGGAUCAAUUUCUUUUUUUAUUUUACAAGUCUUAUUUCGCAAAGUCUACACAUAACAUUAGAGAUCUGGGAAGCACUUUAAACCACUUGCAGUGUUUGCAUGUUCAUUGGCAGACGUUGGGUCUGCUCAAAAUUGCGAGGACAUGGGGAUAUCAAUGAAGGCUGUGACCAGUUUCACAUAAUGAAUAUCAGUAAGAACGGAAGUCUGGGGCAGUAGCAUGGCAGUUCUGGUCGCAUGUUGGGGACUGAGAAACCAAACCUUGCAUUCAAUCAGAAGAGAAAUUCAAGCAACAAUACUGAGUAUGGACGAGGGGUCGAUUCAUCACCGAUUAGAGGAUAUGGCCAAGAUGGUGUACUGGCGUCGUACAGUAUCGAUUACAGGCUGGGGUUGGGCAAUUGUUCAGGGCAAAUUCAUACCUAGCGUGGCCGAUGCUAGAGACUGCAGAUGGAGGAGAGGCCUGGUUCGGGGAACUGGAAAAGUUUUUGCCUGGUGUGCAAUCGACAACAACUGCCAUAGUCAGAAGCCUACAUAGCCUAUUGUCGAGAUUAUCUUCAUAGAGCAUCAGUUUGUGGCCACAGAUAGGCUUAGCAGAACAAGCAGCGUAUAGCGCUCCACGCCAGUACCUAGCAACCUAGCAUGACGAUAGCAAAAGACACGAUUUGAUCUUGGAAUCCCUGGUGUCAAUCUUGCUCUUUUCAUGACUUCCAUGGGUUCCAUUAGCAUGCCAUCUGUACAUGCAGUUCAGACAUC